AUGAAGGACGAUGAAUCCAUUCAGGAUAUGCACACUCGCUUCACAUCUAGCAUCAAUGAGCUUCACUCACUUGGAGAUAUCAUCCCCAGGAACAAACUUGUCAAGAAGAUACUUAGUGUAUUACCUGGUUCCUGGGAAAGCAAAGUAAAUGCCAUCACAGAGGCAAAGGAUCUUCAGGAGCUGACCAUUGAUGAACUUGUCGGCAAUCUCAAGACCUAUGAAAUGAAGAAGAAGAAGGACAAUGAGAGAAGAGAGCCCAAAGGGGAGAAGAACCUGGUCCUAAAGACGGAUAGCAAUGACUCAGGUGGUGAGGAUGCUCAUAUGGCCUACCUGACAAAAAGGUUUCAGAAAAUGGUUCGCAGAAAUAGAGGCAUUCCAAAAGGGGGCAACUCCAGCAAGCCAAAAGACUUAAAGGAAACUAUUGAGAGUCUGAAGAAAGAAAAGGAUGCCUUAACUAAAAAAGUUGCAAACAUAGAACAUGAGAGAGAAGAUCUAGUGGUUGUUGUGGUCAAUCUAAAAGAGACCAUUGAGUGUGUUAAAAAGGAGAAAGAAGUUUUAACUGAGAGGGUUGCUAACAUUGAGCAUGAGAAAGAUGACCUAUUAGUGGUGGUUAUAGACCUAAAGGAAACAAUUGAGGAGCUAAAAAGGGAAAGUAGACCUGGGAACACUCAAAAAGGAAAGAAAGUUGGAAUAGUGAAAGGGAGCAUCCAACAAUGGUACAUGGAUAACGGCUGCUCGAAGCACAUGACUGGAGGUACAAAUGAUUUCCUUUCACUGAAGGCCCUGCAGGGAGGGAGUGUAUCAUUUGUAAAUGCAAAUGAGUGGACAACCACAAGGAAAACACAACAGGGUCCUGGACAGAAGUACAAGUCAACUGUACAGCUGGAACGUAACAUCAGAAAGUGA